AUAUUAUAUUCCAUGUAUAAUUAUUAUAAAAUAUUGGCUAUAUUCGUGUUGUACCAUAUAUCCUUAUAGCUUAUUUAUUUUAUAGAUCAAUAUUUCGUACCUCUUAAUCCCCUCUCCCAUCUUGCCCCACCCCCCUUCUCUUGGUUAUCUUGAUUUUUAAAACCCAGUUUCUGAACUUCCCUGGUGGGCUAGUAGUUAAGACUCUGAGCUUCCAGUGCAGGGGCACCGGUUCGAUCCCUGGUCUCAGGGAAGGUCCCUGGAUCCUAUGGGAUGCACCAUGUGGCAAAAGAAAAAAAACAAUUAAUAGAUAAAAAACAAGUAAUUAAAAAAAAAACAAACAGUUCCUCCUGUGAUGCUUUUUUUCUCUCUAGCAUGAGGAUGAGCUUUGGGUUAACUUUCAAAAGGACAGCAAAAGUCCACUGGAGGGCAAACUUCAGCCAGCAGUGCUCACUCAGAUCCACUGGGUUAUUUGUGCCACCAAGUCCUCCUCUGGACCCUGAGAAGGUCAAAGAGUUACAACGCUUCAUCACCCUUUCCAAGAGGCUCCUAGUAAUGACCGGGGCAGGAAUCUCUACCGAGUCAGGGAUCCCAGACUACAGGUCAGAAAAGGUGGGACUUUAUGCCCGCACAGACCGGAGGCCUAUCCAGCAUGGGGAUUUUGUACGGAGCGCUCCCGUCCGCCAGCGGUACUGGGCUAGAAACUUUGUGGGCUGGCCUCAGUUCUCCUCCCACCAGCCUAACCCUGCACACUGGGCUCUGAGCAACUGGGAGAGACUCGGAAAGCUGCACUGGUUGGUGACCCAAAACGUGGAUGCCUUGCAUACCAAGGCGGGGAGUCAGCGCCUAACAGAACUGCACGGAUGCAUGCACAGGGUCCUCUGCUUGGAUUGUGGGGAGCAGACUCCUCGUGGGGUGCUGCAGGAGCAGUUCCAAGUCCUGAACCCAACCUGGAGUGCCGAGGCCCACGGCCUGGCUCCCGACGGCGAUGUCUUUCUCACCGAGGAGGAGGUACAGAGCUUCCAGGUCCCGUCCUGCUCUCGAUGUGGGGGCCCCCUGAAACCAGACGUCGUCUUCUUCGGGGACACGGUGAAGCCUGACAAGGUUGAUUUUGUGCACAAGAGGGUGAAAGAAGCCGACUCCCUCCUGGUGGUGGGAUCAUCCUUGCAGGUGUACUCAGGUUACAGGUUCAUCCUCACUGCCCAAGAGAAGAAGCUGCCCAUCGCGAUACUGAACAUUGGGCCCACGCGGUCCGAUGACCUGGCAUCUCUGAAACUGGAUUCUCGUUGUGGAGAGUUGCUGCCUUUAAUAGACCCACGCUGACCACAGCCUGAUGUUCUGGAGCUGGAAACUGGGGCUUUCACUUUAAUUCUGCUGCUAAGGGCAAGAGGGGUUCACUAGUUGUGGCAUGGGCUUAGUUGCCCUUCACCACGUGGAAUCUUCCAGGACCAGGGAUUGAACCCCUGUUCCCUGCAUUGGUAGACGGAUUCUUAACCACUGAACCAACAAGGAAGUCUUGAUACCUAAGGAUCCAUCCCGGCUUCCUCUAUCUGACCGAGGCUUACCAACUGUAGCCUGCAGAGGGCGGCAAAGCAACAUCUCUCUGCAGGACCAUUUCUGAACCCAGCAGGUUUCAGAGCUCAGGAGUUAAAAUCUUCGGGCUGAUGAGAUUUACCCCAUAAGAUGGACUUACAGUUUCUUUUGAUAGGAAAACUGCUUUUUAAAAAUCUCAUUAGGCAGAAGAAAGAGCCCAGGAAAUAUGUAAACCAGAAUGACCUCCGGAGUGCUAACUUAGGGAUCUCACUAAUAUCCUAAGUAAGGGGGUCCGGGGAAGGAAAUGACUUAAUUUCUAAUUCUAAAUGGUUAAAUAUAUUUAAGUGAAUCAUUUUGAUAUACAUUUUUUUUUUUUUUUUCAAAAAAGUGAUGAGCAAUAAUAUGAAUUAAUUUUUUACUAACCAAGGAAUAAAUGAAACAUUUUUAAAAUA